AGUGGGGUGAGCCCCCCGGUGCGGGCAACAGCCGCCACAGGACGGGAUGGAGAAGGCAAGUGGGGUGUCCCAUGGGAUGGGUGCUGCCAGGCGUUGGUCCCACAUGGGGGGUCUCCUCACGCCCCACCACAGGCAUCCCCUGACUAUGGGCAUCCCUGGCACGGUGGGGCGCGGUGAGGCGCGGUGGGGCGCGGUGGGGCGCGGUGGGGCAGCGGUGCCGGGUCCUGCCCAGCCCAGGCACUGGGCGCUGGGGUGAGGCGCUGUGGCCAGUGGGCUGGUGGCCAAAAACCCAUCCCCAUCCCGGCAAAUCCCGCCGGGUGUCAGCCCCUAUGUCCCCGGGUGCCGGCCAGGGCCGGGAUGGGCAGACACAGUGUCCGCAGCCCCCACCGGCUGAGGAGGAGGAGGAGGAGGAGAAAGUCGAGGAUGAAGAUGAGGAUGAUGAGGAUGAAGAUGACGAUGAGGACAUGGCAGGGGACACUGAGGGCAUCCUGCACUAUGAGGAGCGCAUCGCCAGGCUGCUGGCCACGGUGGCCCGGCUGCACCAGAGGGCUGAGCAGCUGCAGCACCGCACGGGCAGGGAGGAUGAGGAGGGCUGGGAGGGCACCGCCAGCCUCCCCGCUGCCAGCCCACAGCCCCGGGGCCUCAAUGGCACACUCAGCGCUGCCACCGGUCUGGAAGCCCACGGGCCCGACCUCUUCGCAGACCUGCAGCACACUGUCAGCUCGCUGGAGCGCACCGUCUUCUCCCGGCACCGGCGGGCACCAGCGCAGCCUGUACUGGGUGAGGAGUGGGCGCGAGUGGCCAAGAGCCUGGAGGAGCUGGACCAGCCACCGGUCUGGGCCGGGAGGGUGACACGCCGAUGCCCAGCGGCGGGAGCGGGUGAGGGGCUGCUGGUGGAGGAGAUGGCAGUGGCAGCAGCGAGGAACGCGGCGCUGCAGGCAGCCCUGGGGCGCCGGGAUGAGGAGCUGAGCCAGGCCAUGGCAUCACUGCGGGUGCUGCAGGGGGAGCGCGACCGGCUGCAGGGGAAGGUCCGGGACCUGCGGGAUGCUCUGUCCAGGCUGGAGGAGCCAGGGGGCUCUGGCAGUGACACCCCCAGGCUCAGCAGCCCCCCAGGGCAGGGGGACCCCCAGCUGCCCCAGGACUUGUCCCAGUGCAGCCAUGGCGCUCAGCCCCACGGCGCCCAGCCCCACAGCCCCCUCUCCCCCCAGCCCUCGGAGGGUGCCAGCCGGGAGCAGGAGGAGCAGGUGCAGCAGCUACAGGGGUGCCUGGGGAGGCUGCAGGAGGUGAACCGGCAGCUGGCGGCUGCGUUGCAAGACUGCAAGAGCGAUGCUGAGCGGCUCAGCAUGGUGCUGGGCCAGCACGAGUCCCGCAGCACAGCCCUGCGCCUGGCCCUGCGCUGCAGCGAGCGCUGUGGGGGGGCCUAUGCUGCCCUCCUUGACCUGAUGCGGGCAAAGCUGGGCCGGGAGGAGGAUGGUGCCCAUGGUGGAGCUGUGGGGGAACAGAGCCCCGGGCAUGGAUGGGGGUCCAGCCCCAUGCCGACAGAGGGGCCACAGUCCCCAGGCCGUGGGAAGCCGGAGAACCAGGAGGAGAGCAGGGACAGCGGCUUCCCCGGGCUGCAGAGCAUCCCAGCACCCCACGGGAUGGAGGAGGGGGCCCUGCGGGAGCACAUCCGCCGGCUGCGCACGGAGCAGGCGGCCGUGGAGGCAUCCCUGCACAACACCCCGGCACCCACCAGCACCCACCGCAGUGAAGACGCCCGAGCCCGGGCUGAGCAGGCGCUGCAGGAUGCCAGGGAUCUCCUGCCUGGCUGGAGGCGGCUGGAGAAAGCGGAGCUGCUGCGGGACUUGGCAAUGCUCAAGGAGGCCAUGGCUGACCUGAAGACACAGCUGCAGCUGGUGGAGAGGGAGAAGCGGGGCCUGGAGGUGGUGGCGACUGGGCAGGGGCCACGGGAGGCUGCACUGCGCCUGGUGCUCCAGCACCUGGAAUGGGAGCGGGAUGGGGCCUCCGUCGCCCCCCCCAGCCCCCCCAGCAGCUCCAGCAGCAGCGAGGAGGAUGCCCAAACCAGCCGGGUGGGAGCCGCGGCUCCCCAGCACCCUCUGGACCGGGAGAAGAUGGGGGAAGAGUUGCUCCGCACCCUGGCUCGGGCGCAAGAGCUGCGUGCCCGGGCACAGGCCCUGGUGCUGUCCCUGGAGCAGAGCAGCGCCGUCAGCCGUGCGCAGCAGGCACAGUGCGUCACUGUCACCGCAGACUUCUUCCAUGCUCACAGCGCGCUGGCCCUAGCAUACCGUGGUGCCCGGCGGAAGCAGGCGGCCCAGCUGCGGCGCCUGGAGGUGCAGGCAGGUGCCCUGCGCAGGCAGCAUGCCCGGAGGGCACAGGCGCUGGCCCGCAGGCUGCAGACCCCUGCAGCAGGGGAAGGCCAGCAGCGAGACAUGCAUCUGAGGACCCCCCAUCACCCCCAAGACCCCCGGUGCUGGAAAGCGCUUGCUGUAUCCUCAGGGAGAAUAAACCAGUGAUGCUCA